AGGCCCCGGGGCGGGAGCACCGGGCGGGCGGCGGCGCGUCCCGGCCCCGGGGAGGGGGCACCGGGCGGGGGAACCGGCGCGUCCCGGCCUUGGGCCUCUCAGAACCCCCCGGCCCUCACGCGGGGCCCCGCCCCCAGCGUCCUGGCCACGCCCUCGCUGUCCUGAGUGGCAGUGGGGGGCCCGCCUGGCCACGCCCCGUUGGCCGCACGCCCCGCCCCGGUCCGCUCAGGGCCCCGCCCCCGGCGGUUUUGGGGUGACCCCGCGCCCCAAAAGCGGCUUGGGGUGACCCUCGUGUCCCCCCCAGAGCAAGCGGCCCGCAUGAAGAAGCUGCAGGAGCAGGAGAAGCGCCAGAAGGUGGAGUUCAGGAAGAGGAUGGAGCAGGAGGUGUCCCAGUUCAUCCAGGCCACCGGCGAGCCCCGGCGCCGCUUCCAGCCCAUGAACAAGAUUGAGAGGAGCAUCCUGCACGACGUGGCCGAGGUGGCCGGCCUGACGUCGUUCUCCUUCGGCGACGACGAGGACAGCCGCUACGUCAUGGUGUUCAAGAAGGAGUUCGCGCCCUGUGACGAGGAGCUGGAGGCGUACCGGCGCGGGGAGGAGUGGGACCCGGCCCGGGCCGAGGAGCGGCGCCGCCUCCGGGAGCUGGCAGCACAGCAGGAGGAGGCGGAGCUUGAGUCCGGCCCCGCCCCCCCGGGCCCCCCCACCGACUACAAGGACAAAUACCGGCACCUGAUUGGCUGCGAGGCCGCCAAGGCCGCUGCCCGCACCAUGGAGGCCAACAAGGCAUACGGCUGCGUGCCCGUGGCCAACAAGCGGGACACGCGCUCCAUCGAGGAGGCCAUGAACGAGAUCCGCGCCAAGAAGCGGCUGCGGCGGGCGGGGGACGGGGACGGGGCCGGCCCCGGGGGGCCCUGCGCGUGA